UUUUAUGUGCACUGUCAGACAGCACCCCCACCUCUUGCCCAGUCGACUUCCUCAAAGCCGGCUUCCUCGAAUCCCAUCUUCAUCCACAUAAGACCCUUUGCCUCUAAAAAGCCCGGCUCUCCCAGAACAAGACGAAACCACCGAAGCCAUGGCAGUCCGCGCGCAAUUCGAGAACUCCAACGAAGUUGGCGUCUUUGCAACCCUCACAAACUCAUACUCGCUCGUCGCGCUCGGCGCGAGCGAAAACUUCUACAGCGUCUUCGAGGCCGAGCUCCAGGAUGUCAUCCCCAUCUGCAGAACCAGCAUUGCGGGCAUGAGGAUAGUGGGACGGUUAACAGCAGGCAACCGCAAGGGCCUGCUAGUACCGACCAGCACGACGGACCAGGAGCUGCAGCACCUGCGCAACAGCCUGCCCGACGAGGUCAAGAUCCAGCGCAUCGAGGAGCGGCUGUCGGCGCUCGGCAACGUCAUCGCCACCAACGACCAUAUCGCCCUCGUCCACCCGGAUCUGGAGCGCGAGACGGAGGAGAUCAUCGCCGACGUGCUCGGCGUCGAGGUGUUCCGACAGACGGUGGCCGACAACGUGCUCGUGGGCUCCUACAUGGCCCUCUCCAACCACGGCGGCCUCGUGCACCCAAAGACGAGCAUCCAGGACCAGGACGAGCUCUCGAGCCUGCUGCAGGUGCCCCUGGUCGCCGGCUCCAUCAACCGCGGCAGCAACGUCGUCGGCGCCGGCAUGGUCGUCAACGACUGGAUGGCCGUCACGGGGCUCGACACCACCGCCACCGAGCUGAGCGUCGUCGAGAGCGUCUUCCGCCUGGGCGAGGGCCUGGGCCCGAGCAAUAUCAACACCAACAUGAAGGACACCAUGGUCGAGUCCUUCUACUGAGCUUUACUGAGCUUUACUUUCUUGUUUGGGAGGAGGUUGUUUGCUGUUUUUCUCUCUUUCUCUCUGUCUCUCCCCUGGACUCGGCAAGAGUUCUGGAGUGGGGUUGAGAUAACACGAGCGGGAUGGACGGGCUGGCUUGUCGGUCGGUCAGCCUCAUUGCGGCAGACCAGGUGCUUUUUUUUUUUUUUUUUUGGCCAGGAGGCUUGGAGAGGAGUGUGGUUGGAUGGCUCUACCUCUUUUGCUACUCGCCAAGACGGGGAGUUGUUGGUGCUGGGGUGCCAACCGCCUUCUGUGCCUCCGGAGAGGAGUGCGCGCGACAUGGUAUAACGAUACCCCCUUUGAUAGUCAAACUCAAAAAGGGCUCCCACGCAAACCGCCGCGUCCAGCCGCAGCCAGGUUGGCCAAGGUUGGGUGGGGGACCAAUCUGCGUCGAGUCGACGCUCUGCGAGGUUUUAACCACUCGCAUUGUUUUUUUCUGUGUUGCCAAUACAGUUUAUCGGCGCUGAAAGAUACUUUGUUCAACUUGAAAAAAACAAACCGAAUUUGCGUGUCGACUUUCGAACUACACUCGUGCAAGCACAAGCGAAAAAUGAGCAAGACAAACAAGAAGGCAGAAACGCCGUGGUGUAGCGACGCAAUUCCUAGCAGAUUGAAGUGCCCUUCUCUUCUUUCAAAAAAAGAAAAUACACAAAAAGUCGCGAGGUAGUUGGUAAAUAAUAGUGUAAAUAAGGAAAAGAAAAUGCUAGCAGCGGAAAUAAUAAUAAACAAUACAUUGUGUAACGAAUGGC